AUGCUAGAAGGGCAGGAAGCUGCAUCGCACCAUGAUCAUUCCGAAAUUCCACCAUUGAGGCCUGGUGAUGGUUCCGCACAGACCACGGAAGAUGAAUACGUCUACAUUGCUGAUGGCUACAACUUGAUUCGGCGAAUAAUUUUCAUAGCGACGGUGUGUUCAUCCAUGUUCACCAAUCAGAUGGGCCUAUGCAACAGCCUCACGACGCUCGAAAUAAUCGGAGACUUCUUUGGUGUCACCGAGCCUGGUAAACUCUCGUGGGCAAUAUCUGGCUACGGUUUGACUUUAGGAACAUUUGUCUUGAUCGGAGGACGGCUGGGUGACGAGUUUGGCAAUAAGGCAAUUUUCCUUAUCGGGAUGGGCUGGCUGGCUCUAACUAGCAUGAUGGCAGGAGUCUCUGUCUACUCCAGCUACCCCGUCUACAUCCUUGCUCGCGUCUUGCAAGGACUUGGCCCCGCCUUGACUGUGCCUAAUGCACUGGCUAUAAUGGGAAAAUGCUUCUCCCAGGGGCCUCGAAAUAUGGGAUUCGCGUGGUUUGCUGCAUCAGCCCCGGUCGGUGCGAUGGCAGGUCUCCUCUUUGGGCCCCUAUUUGCCAUGGCUUGGUGGCCAUGGAUCUACUGGAGUCAGGCUUUGGGAGUUGCCUUUCUCUUCGUCCUCUCUAUCAUUGCAAUCCCAAACAUUCCUGAUGAGAAUGAACAGAAGCAACCACGAACAAUUCGUGAAACUUUUGAUCGCCUUGAUAUCUUGGGAGGUGCAAGUGGUGUCAUAACUCUGGUUCUUUUCAAUUUUUCCUGGAAUCAGAGCCUGGUCACUACGUGGGACGAACCUUAUGUCUAUGUAUGCCUGAUCCUCAGUUUCUUGUUCAUGGCGGCAUUCUUUUACAUCGAAUUUCGGGUGGCUCGCUAUCCAAUAUUACCUGUCGCCAUCCUCACUUCCGACAUUGCCUUCGUCUUUGCUUGUACGGCAGCGGGCUGGUCCACGUUUGGAAUAUGGCUUUUCUACGUCAUCCGAAUAUGCCUCAAUGUCGGUGGCCAAACUCCCAUACAACUGGGCGCAUGGCUUUCCCCAGUAGUCAUCACCGGCAUAUCAACAGCAGUAGUCGUUGGAAAAGUAAUUAACAAAGUUCCCGCUUCGUUCAUCAUGCUGUUUGCGAUGCUUUGCUACUUUCUAACUUCCCUUCUCAUGGCCUUGCGACCGGUACAAUCGACGUACUGGACCUACUUCUUUUUCGGCACCAUAAUCGCCACUUUUGCAAUGGAUUCAUCGUUGCCUGCUGCUACGAUCAUCUUCUCGAACGCAGUCCCUAGGGCGUACCAGGGUAUGGGAUCCAGUGUGAUUAUGACGAUUGUCGUCUACAGUAUAUCGCUAGGUCUUGGUUUUGCUGGUACCAUUGAACUUCAGAUAAAUAAUGGCGGUAAGACCAAGGCAGACUUACUUUAUGGUUACCGGGGUACCCUCUGGUUUUCUGUCGGAUUGACGGCAUUUGGCUCUGUUCUCGCCCUUGUAUUUUUACUCAAAGACAUUCGAAGACGGAAGUUGGCGAAGAAGCAAAAAGAAGAGGAAAAAGAUGAUCUAACGGGGGCCUGA